AUACAAGGGGGACAGACCGAUUCAGUCAAUACUUCAAUACUGUUAUGAAGCGAGAAUGAGUAGCGCAGAAGACAGCGGGAGCAAGUGCUCGUCGGGCCCGAUUUCCAGUUUUACCAUCCAGUCUAUUUUAGGCACGCCGUCCGAUGAGCCGCGCUCCGGGAACAAGGAGCUCUCCAAGGGGCCGCUGCCGCCGCCGCCGCGGAGGCGCUCGCUGUCGGUGUCCUCCGAGGAGGAGUGCAGCGGCGGGGAGGACUCAGCUGACUGCUUCUGCUCCGAUACGGGUCACAGCGAGCCGUGCACCCAGCACCAAGCGCACAACUUCUGUUUAGGUCCCGCUAAAGGACUCCUGUCUGGGAACGACGGGCUCGCACGGCGGCCGCACCUGUCCCAGCCUCUGCUGCAGGAUUAUAAGGAGGAGCAGGAGAGACCGUGCCAUCAAAUGUCACCUCUGUCUGAGGAGAGACAGACGGACGGUGCGGACAAGCAGGGCAACUCGGCCAAGAAGAAGACGCGCACGGUUUUCUCCCGGAGUCAGGUGUACCAGCUGGAGUCCACCUUCGACAUGAAGCGCUACCUGAGCAGCUCGGAGCGGGCCUGCUUAGCCUCCAGCCUGCAGCUGACGGAGACUCAGGUCAAGACGUGGUUUCAGAACAGGAGGAACAAAUGGAAACGGCAGCUUUCCGCUGAACUGGAGGCGGCCAACAUGGCCCACGCCUCCGCACAGACACUAGUGGGGAUGCCGCUGGUUUUCAGAGAUAACUCCUUACUGCGCGUCCCGGUUCCCAGGUCUAUCGCCUUCCCGACGCCCCUGUAUUACCCGGGGAGCAACCUGCCAGCGUUACCUUUAUACAACCUGUAUAACAAAAUCGAGUACUGAUUGACUCUGCUGUAUGUUCACAACUGCAGUCCUCGUAAAAAGAAAGAAAGAAGAAGAAAAAAAAACGCAUUACAAAACAAUACAACAUUCUUAUAAGUGUCUCCACAUAACCCCUGUAUAUUAACUGUAUCACUUUAUUUGUUGAGAAAAUUCUUAUUAUGCAGCAACUGUAUGUCUCACAAGAAAGCAAUCAAGCUAUAUGUAUAAAAUACACCAUGUGUAUAAUUAAUUAUAACAAUUUUGUACUUUUAUUUUAUUUUCUUUAAACUGACAAAAUAUUGGAGCUGAACCUUCAUAUCACAUUGGAGAAACAAAGAUCCCCAAAAAGACUUUUACACACUUUUUAUUCACAGCCUAAUUGGUUUGUCAAACAUAUUCCAAGGCAUCAGUCAUUUUAUUUCAUCUGACAUGGAUCUAAUACUGACAGGAAAAACACAAUUCUUCCAUUUAAGGAAAAAUAUCAUUGUUUCUAUUGUAAUUUAGACCUUCAAUAAUAACCUUCUCAUUCAAUAAAUUUUCUAUUUCAGUGAAAA